GAACUGUAUUCCAAGCGUCCUUGGCAGCAAGAUCCAUGGUGUCAACAAAUGAAAGCCUAGCAAGUAAUCUGUCGGCUGGUUGAUAUACAAAUUAUUUUAACUGCAAAAAAACAUUAUGAUGGUUUUAGUAUUUCAUUUGUAACCAUAGAGGAAAACAUUCUACUGUUUUCUUACAUCGUUGGAAAUGGCUUCAAGCAACCCAUCUGUAUUUCUUCUGAUGAUCAAUGGACAAAUAGAGGGAGCGAAUUUUCCAGAGUACGAUGACCUAUACUGCAAGUAUUGUUUUGUGUAUGGACAUGACUGGGCUCCGACGUCGGGUUUGGAGGAAGGCAUCUCUCAGAUAACUUCCAAAAGCAGAGAAUCACAUAACCUAAUAUGGAACUUUCCCCUGGACCUUACCUUUAAGAGCACCAAUCCUUUUGGAUGGCCUCAGAUAGUGGUGAGUGUCUAUGGUCCUGACACCUUUGGGAAUGAUGUUGUUAGAGGUUAUGGUGCCAUUCACAUCCCCUUUACCCCUGGCAAACACACAAGAACGAUACCCAUGUUUGUUCCAGAAUCCACAUCAAGACUUCAAAAAUUCACAAGCUGGCUUAUGGGAAGACGUCCAGAGUUCACAGACCCAAAAGUGGUUGCCCAAGGAGAAGGAAGGGAAGUAACACGGGUGCGCUCCCAAGGCUUUGUCACGCUCCAGUUCAACAUAGUAACCAAGGACAUGAAGAAGCUGGGCUAUGACACAAGCCCUGGAUCCUCAGAGGCCACUCCCGUUACGGGCCUAUCUGGAAUGGACCAGCCAUACACACUCUGAGCUCUGCCUAACCAGGACCAGCCUUACUGGCGGCAACAACAUUGCAUUAGUUCAGCCCUCCGGUGCUUUCACACUGUCUUAAUAAUCAAUUUAGCAAAUGACCAGAACUGAGUUGAUUACUAGAGUACAGUAGUGGUGUGUGUGGGUUUCACGAAAAUUGAAGAAGCUGAAUGUUUUGUACAUAUUUACAUAUUAAAAUGUGGUUUGUAUUUCCUACUUCUAAA